AUGGGCACAUCAUCUGGUUCCAACCAUCCUCACCAGAUGCUACCUCCGCGUCAGCAACUACGAAGUGGAGGCCUAGAAACAGCGCUUUCACUGGUAUCUUCAGAUCCCCAUUUGUCACAUGAAGGUCAGGAGCCACGGUCUAAUUCUGAUGUUGUGCGCGAGUCUCCAGCUGAGAGUGCGAGUUCUCAAGAAACAUGGCCACUCGGAGAUCCUGUUGUGGCAAAGAAGACGGUGAAGCAAAAGAUGGAGCCUGAUUCUCAGGAACAAACCGUGAUGCAUCAUGUGUCUAACGCGGAUAAAGUGUCUGUACGGGACAUAGCUAGGGAAAGAGUCGAUAUUGUCGCAGAGAGAAUGCACAGGUUACCGGAUGAGUUUCUUGAGGAGUUAAAGAACGGGCUUAAAUCUAUCCUUGAAGGAAAUGCAGCGCAGAGUGUUGAUGAGUUCAUGUUUUUGCAGAAGCUUGUUCAGAGCAGAUCUGAUUUGACCUCUACAACGCUUAUCAGAGCCCACCGGGUGCAGCUUGAAGUUCUUGUAGCGAUAAAUACGGGAAUCCAGGCGUUUCUGCACCCAAACAUCAGUCUGUCUCAGUCAUCUCUCAUUGAGAUUUUCGUAUACAAGAGAUGCAGAAACAUAGCCUGCCAAAACCAACUACCAGCUGAUGAUUGCUACUGCGAAGUGUGCACCAACAGGAAAGGAUUCUGCAACCUCUGCAUGUGUGUGAUCUGUAACAAGUUCGAUUUUUCUGUCAAUACCUGCCGCUGGAUUGGAUGCGACUUGUGUUCUCAUUGGACUCAUACAGAUUGUGCUAUACGGGACGGACAGAUCACCACAGGAUCCUCUGCUAAGAACACAUCAGAAAUGUUGUUCAAGUGCAGGGCAUGCAACCGCACGUCUGAGCUGCUGGGUUGGGUUAAAGAUGUGUUUCAACACUGUGCACCAAACUGGGAUAGGGAAUCUUUGAUGAAGGAACUUGACUUUGUUAGUAGGAUUUUCCGUGGAAGCGAAGAUCCACGAGGUAGGAAACUGUUCUGGAAGUGCGAGGAGCUUAAUGAGAAGAUUAAGGGUGGUUUGGCAGAAACAACUGCUGCCAAAUUAAUACUAAUGUUUUUCCAAGAGAUUGAAUUAGACUCUGCGAAGAGCUUUGAAAAUGGAGAAGGUGGACGUUUGAUAGCACCUCAAGAUGCUUGCAACCGAAUUGCUGAAGUUGUACAGGAGACUCUGAGGAAAAUGGAAAUAGUGGCUGAGGAGAAGAUGAGGAUGUUCAAGAAGGCACGCAUGGCUCUCGAGACUUGCGACAGAGAGCUCGAAGACAAAGCCAAAGAAGUAGCGGAACUGAAAGCAGAGAGGCAGAAGAAGAAACUUCAGAUAGACGAGCUAGACAGAAUCGUGAGGCUGAAGCAAGCAGAGGCAGACAUGUUCCAGCUUAAAGCCAACGAAGCAAAGCGGGAGGCCGAGAGGCUGCAGAGGAUUGUGCUAGCGAAAAUGGAUAAAUCUGAAGAGGAAUACGCAAGUAACUAUCUGAAACAGAGGCUGAGCGAGGCCGAGGCAGAGAAGCAGUAUCUGUUUGAGAAGAUUAAGCUGCAGGAAAAUUCGAGGGCAGCAUCACAGAGCAGUGGUGGUGGAGGAGACCCGUCGCAGGUGUUGAUGUACUCAAAGAUCCGUGAUCUGCUUCAAGGAUACAAUCUCUCGCCUAAGGUAGAUCCUCAAUCAAACGAGCGCCAUCCUUUCAGAUCCAAUCCUUGAUGCUUCCUCCCUUAUAAAUAUGUAGUUUUCAUUAUCCUUCAUCACUUUGUUUUGUAAAACGAGUGUUUGUAGCCUUUAACUAUGUUUACUGAUAUUUUCUAAUUUGUGUGUUGUCUUUUCGUUGAUAUGAAUAUGUUUUUCUUUAUUG